GUCUUUCUCUUUUAUUAGUAAUAGACAAAAUGGCACAAGAAAAGUUUAUAGGAGAAACUUAUUACAAUAAAGAAGAGGGUAGUUUUGGUGUGUUAAACUUUCGAGAUUUAAGUGUUUCAUCUUCUGAAAAUUCUGAAAAUAAAAAGUACAUUAAAGAAGGAUUAAUAUUUAGGUCAGCUACAUUAGAUAAUAUGAGCCAAGAAGAUGUGGAUGCCUUUAUAGAAGCUCAUAAAAUUAAUACAAUUCUCGAUUUACGUUCAGGGUAAUCAACAUAACAUACAAAUAUGUUUGUAUUCUAUUUUAUGACAAUUAAUACCGACACAUAUUUUAGAAUAGAAGGACGUGAGGGUUUA